AUGAUCGAGGUCGGAGUGGUCAAUAACGAGACGCUGUCGGCACCAACCGCAGAGAUCAAGGAACAGGCGCAGAAGAGCAACAUCGCGCUAGACUUUGAUCCUGACGCCCUGAAGGCAAAGUACAUCGCUGAGAAGGAAAAGCGAAGCAAGAAUGGCGGACUAGAGCAGUAUCAGCUGGUCAGAGAGCAUUCCAGCUUGCUAAAGUUUGUCGACGACCCCUAUGUCAAGCCGGGAUUUACUCGGGAACCCGUCAAGCAUCUCUACGAUGUCGUCGUCGUUGGUGGCGGGUUCACUGGAGUUCAAGUUGGAGCGUGUCUCAUGGGCCAAGGGAUCACGAACUUUUGUAUUAUUGAGAAAGGGGGCGAUUACGGGGGCACCUGGUACUGGAAUCGAUAUCCCGGAGCUCAGUGCGAUAUCGAGUCUUAUAUCUAUAUGCCACUGAUCGAAGAGAUGGGUGUCAUGCCCACAGAGAAAUAUGCUCGGGGCCCUGAACUUCAACGCCACGCACGAGCAAUCGCCGACAAGUAUAGCCUGGAAGAUCACACACUAUUCCAAACCAUCGUCAAACGACUGGUUUGGAACGAUACCACGGCCACGUGGAAGAUCGAAACUAGUCGUGAAGACGAGAUCGAAGCUCGCUGGGUAGUCCAGGCUCCCGGGCCACUUCAUACCCCCAAGUUCCCGGGCGUGCCAGGGAUCGAGCUCUUCAAAGGAAAGAGCUUCCACAGCUGCAGAUGGGACUAUUCGUAUAGCGGUGGCACCCCCGAGAACCCAGAGCUGACCAAGCUGAGAGAUAAACGCAUCGGGAUCGUUGGCACGGGAGCAACGGCAAUCCAAAUCGUCCCACGCGUUGCCGAGUGGGCCAAGGACCUAUACGUCUUUCAAAGGACGCCUUCCUCGGUCGAUGUUCGAGGCAACAGGCCAACAGACCCCGAGUGGGCCAAGUCUCUCACCGCGGGCUGGCAGAAAUAUCGCAUGGAGAACUUUGCGACUCUCGUGUGCGGCGGCCACGCCGAUGAAGACCUGGUCGCUGACGGCUGGACCGACAUCCUCCGAUCACUGGCAGGCUUCUACGGGACUGGAAGUGAUGCCGAUGAUCCACAGGCCCUUGCGGUCAAAAUGCAACUUGCCGAUUUCAAGAAGAUGGAGUCGAUCCGCCACCGCGUCGACAGCCUGGUGAAGGACCCCAAGACCGCAGAAGGUCUCAAGCCCUGGUACAACCAGUUUUGCAAGCGUCCGUGCUUCCACGACGAAUACCUUCAAGCGUUCAACAACCCGAAUGUCCACUUGGUCCACACGGACGGCAAGGGCAUUGACCGGGUGACAGAGCGCGGCAUCGUUGCCAAUGGAGAAGAAAUCGAACUCGACUGCAUCAUCUAUGCUACGGGAUUCGAGUUUGCCGGCGAUUUCUGUGGUCGCUUUGGCGUCGAGAUUGUCGGCCGCGGCGGCCAGACAUUGAGUGAGAAAUGGAAAGACGGCGCAUCGACCUACCAUGGGUGGUCUAUCCACGGCUUCCCGAACUUGAUGACCUUGACGCCGCUCCAGUCCGGCUCCAUUCCGAAUUUCACACACAACGUGGUCUUCAUGAUGCCACAUCUCAUUUACCUCAUGGAGCAGUUUAAGAAGCGACACAUCAAGAGCAUCGAGCCGUCUGUCGAGGCCGAAGCCGCUUGGGUGGCGGAAACGGUCGAGCUGGGCAAGUCCCGAGGAGACUUCCUCAAGGAAUGCACUCCCGGCUAUCUGAACGACGAAGGGGUGGUGAACGAGGUGACUCUGAGGAACCAGCCCUAUGGUGGCGGUGCGCCCAAAUUCAACCAGAUGCUUCGCGAGUGGAGGGAAGCGGACCGCAUGGAGGGCAUGUUGAUCACAUACGAGAAUGAAAGUGACGAAAACGGCACAUUGGGUAACUCGACGAAUGGGAACCUUCAGAGUCAACCUCCGACCAGCACAACAGUGCAGGUUGCGAGUGCAUAA